ACACAACGUCGUACCUGGUCGCUGAGUUGAACGUCCGUCAUCAUGGCCUCCAACAAACCCAAUAAACUGGCAUUCUUGUCAAUGCCAGCACCUGCGUCUUAUGUCGCUGGUCUUGGUCGAGGUGCUUCUGGUUUCACAACCCGUUCGGAUAUCGGUCCAGCGAGGGAGGGUCCAUCAGCGGAGACUAUUGCUGAAGCUCAAGCCAGACGUGGGGAGGAACCCGAGAUCGACUCGGAGCAAUUUCAGGAUCCAGAUAACGAAUACGGCCUUUUUGCUGGGACGACUUACGAGGCUGACGAUGAAGAGGCCGACAAAAUAUACGAGGCGGUGGACCGUAACAUGGACGCACGGCGGCGGGCACGGAGGGAGGCACACGAAAAUGACGAGCUUGCAAAGUACCGUGCAGAACGUCCGAAGAUUCAGCAACAGUUCGCAGAUUUAAAGCGCGGAUUGGCUGUCAUAACCGAUGAAGAAUGGGAGAGUAUCCCAGACGUAGGUAAUCUUACAAGGAAGAAGAGGAGGAAAGAUGAGCGUUUGUUCGUCGUUUCGGACAGCAUUCUUGUCGGCGAUAGAGCGCAAACCGAGUAUGAAAGCUCUUUGGACAUCAAGCAGCAGCAGGAUGGCUUCGUGACAUCUGCUGACGCAGGUGCAAUGACGAACUUUGUUGAGAUUGGACAAGCCCGAGACAAGAUUCUCUCUCUCAAGUUAGAUCAGAUAUCUGGCACAUCCAGUGUCUCAGGUUCUGCCACUUCAGUUGACCCCAAGGGAUACCUUACUUCUCUUAAUUCGGUCGUUCUAAAAAGUGAGGCGGAAAUUGGUGAUAUCAAGCGGGCUCGCAUGCUGUUCGAUUCCCUUGUGAAAUCCAAUCCAAAACACGCUCCUGGUUGGAUAGCAGCAGCGUGUUUGGAGGAACAUGCAGGUCGUAUGGUAGCCGCUCGCAAACUGAUCAAAGCUGGCUGCGAACAUUGUCCUAAGAGCGAAGACGUUUGGCUUGAGGCCGCACGGCUACAUAAUCAAGACGACGCGAAGGUUAUUCUUGCCAAUGCCGUACAACAUGUCGGGCAAAGCGUCAAAGUCUGGCUUGCCGCAGCUGAUCUAGAGCAGGAUGUUCAAGCAAAGAAGCGGGUACUUCGCAAAGCGCUUGAACACAUCCCGAACUCGGUCCGCCUCUGGAAAGAAACAGUCAAUCUCGAGACGUCACCUGCCGACGCGCGCAUCCUCCUUUCUCGUGCUGUUGAGGUCAUCCCCCUUUCCGUCGAACUUUGGCUUGCUCUUGCUCGACUCGAAACUCCCGAUCGUGCUAAGACAGUUCUCAACAAAGCACGCAAGUCGGUACCAACCUCACAUGAAAUAUGGAUUGCUGCCGGACGUUUACUUGAGCAAGUAGCCACGGCAGACCCAGAGAAAUCUUCUGAAGCACGUAACAAGGAACUCGAACCCGUCGAUCGCACAAUAGAGGCGGGAGUGCGUGAAUUGCGGCGGCAUCGGGUGCUAUUAACGCGAGAGCAAUGGCUAAAGGAGGCGGAGAAGUGCGAGUCGGAGGGCUCACCUAGGACGUGCGAAGCGAUAGUGAAGGCUACGAUCAGUAUGGAAAUCGAAGAGGAGGAUCGAUUGGACACAUGGGUAGGAGAUGCGGAAAGUGCGGAGUCAAGGGGUAAGGUUGGCACGGCACGGGCAAUCUUGGCAUAUGCCUUGAAAGUGUUCCCUGAUAAGCGGCACCUUUGGCGAAGAGCGGCAGACCUCGAAAAGGCUUACGGUGAUCGUGAAUCUUUGGAUGCUGUAUUAUCACAAGCCGUACACUACUGCCCGCAGGCGGAAGUUCUAUGGCUCAUGGCAGCUAAAGAGAAGUGGCUAGCUGGCAAUGUAUCCGCGGCACGGGAAGUGCUCGAAAGAGCUUUCGUUGCAAACCCGGAGAGCGAACAGAUAUGGCUUGCUGCUGUCAAGUUGGAGGCAGAGAACGGCGAGCUGGGCGUCGCCAGAGAGCUCCUCGUUCGCGCGCGUACAGUUGCGGACACUGAAAGGAUUUGGAUGAAAUCGGCUGUUUUCGAGCGCCAACAAGGGCAAUACGCAGCUGCACUCGAGACAGUCUCUACUGCACUGUCGAGGUUCCCCAAAUUUGCCAAAUUAUAUAUGAUUCAGGGACAAAUUCAUCAGCUACAGAAAAAUUUCGCAGCUGCUCGUGCAUCGUAUGCUGCUGGGAUAAAGGCGUGUCCGAAGGACGUAACGCUUUGGGUACUUGCAAGUAGACUCGAGGAGCUCGACGGCAAGAGCAUUAAAGCACGGGCCCUCCUGGAGAAGGCACGUCUACUCAACCCGGCUAAUGAAACUCUCUGGGCCGAGUCUGUCGGUGUGGAAGAACGCGCGGGCGGGACAGGACAGGCAAAAACAAUGCUCGCUCGGGGAAUGCAGGAAUGUCCCACCUCCGGCCUGCUGUGGUCAAUGGCUAUCUGGGCAGAACCACGUCCAGCGCGCAAGUCGCGUUCGGUUGACGCGUUGAAAAAGUCCAAGGAUAACGCUCUGGUAACGUGUACGGUUGCCCGCCUCUUUUGGGCGGAGCGCAAGAUCGAAAAAGCGCGUGAUUGGUUCGCACGUUCAGUUGCUACUGAACAAGACAAGGAUAUCGGGGACCACUGGGGAUGGUGGUUCAAGUUUGAGAAACAACAUGGGACGCCGGAACAUGUUGCUGAGGUAAUUAAGCGAUGCGUUGCUGCAGAACCUCACCACGGGCCUGUAUGGCAAUCAAUGGCGAAAGACGACAAGAAUGUUGGAAAGGGGACGAAGGAGAUCCUGGAGUUGGUGGCCAGUGCGCUGCAGUAGUUAAUUCAGUGUAUCUUUCGAACGUCACUGUCUUUUAUACUUUCAAUUUGUAGUUUGUGCUGGGACGCAGCAA